AUGACUGGCCAGGCCGAAGCCAUUAGAAGGGUACACCCUACAGUAUCCCCAAAGCAGGCGGCUCAGAUGCUCCAAGAGGACGGGGUCAUCAUCUUAAAAAGCUUUCUAGCCCCCGACGUUAUGCAGCGCUUCCAAGCUGAAGUGGACGAAGACGUCGAGAAGACAUCAACCGGUGCGAGAAUGAAGGCGUAUAAGCUGGUGAACGACAAGACCAAGCACAUGGCAGAUCUCAUAGUGCGGUCAGAGGUAUUCCGCUCCGACAUCCUGACCCACCCGCUGUAUCAUGCAAUUGCCGAUGAGCUAUUCCGUGCGGAUUACGGCGACCAUUGGCUGAACGCAUCGGCAGUGCUGCAACUUAUGCCCGGUGCGCCAGCCCAGCAGCUUCAUCGGGAUGAGGAGAUCUUCGCGGCGAGCAAAUUCCGCAGCCCAACGGACCCACAGUUAUCGCUUAGUUGUCUCGUUGCCCUGACGGAAUUCACAGAGGAGAAUGGCGCCACUCGUCUUAUUCCUGGAAGUCAUCUGUGGGAUUCGGCGCAUCCGGCUCCAUCUCCGGACCAGACGGUCCCUGCGAUUAUGCAGCCGGGGGAAGCCAUACUGUUUCUUGGAAGCCUGUUUCAUGGCGGAGGCGAAAAUCGAACCGAGAAUGUCCGUCGUGGCUUGGGGAUGUCCCUGAUCCCUUGCCAGUUCACUCCGUACUCUUCCCACAUGCAUGUCCCGCGGACGAUCAUUGAGACGAUGACGCCGCUGGCGCAGAAGUUGGUCGGCUGGAGAACUGUCGAGAGUCACCGACAGUAUCCUUUCUGGCAAGGGGGAGACAGGAGACUGGAGGACGUGCUUGGGCUGGCAUCGCGGGAGGCAUGA